CAAAUUUAACUCGGCUCGCGCACACGUCCGCCCGCCGCCCUCUCUCUCUCUCCCUCCCCCUUCCGCGGCAAAACCCUAGCUCUUCGUCGGCGAUGGCGGCGGCGCAGGAGAGCGCUGCCGAGGAGGUGGGCGAGAGCCGGAAGCUGUUCGUGGGCGGCAUCCCUGCCGCGGCGCAGGAGGCCGAGCUGCGGGCCCACUUCGCCCGCUUCGGGGUGGUGCGCACCGCCGUCGUGAUGCGGGACAGGGAGACGGGCCACGGCCGCGGCUUCGGCUUCGUUGAGUUCGAGGAGGAGGCCGCGGCGGCCAGUGCGCUCGGCGACGGCGACAGGCCCAGGCACUUCAUCUGCGGACGCUUGGUGGAUGUUAAGCGGGCUAGGACAAGAGCGCCACGAGACCAGGGUGAGCAACACGUUCAGCAUCAGCAACGUGAACAGGGCCUGGGUCAGGGCCACCAAGGCAAUCAGCCGCCCGCUAGGAAUGGUACCGUGGACAGCGGCAACAAUGUGAACUAUGAUUCGAAGAAGGUUUUCAUUGGGGGUUUGCGGGAUAACAUUACUGAGGAGGAGUUCCGGGCAUACUUUGAGACGUUUGGCACUGUAACGGAUGCUGUGGUGAUAUAUGACAGCUUGACAAGCAGGUCAAGGGGGUUCGGUUUUGUCACCUUUGAUUCAGAGGAAGCAGUGAGCAAGGUAAUGCAACAAAGCUUUCAUAACUUGAAUGGGACGAAGGUAGAAGCCAAGAUUGCUAUCCCCAAGGAUGAGCAGUAUUACCGGAAUGCCCGAGGCCGCGGUGCACGAUCCUCUGGUGGGAGGGGCCCUGUUGCUUACGAAGGUUCCACAUACCAACCAUAUAAUGCUAGAUAUAGCCUCUACAAUGGUUACAUGCCACAACCUGUUCCCGCGCAGCCCUACUUUCCUGGUCCCUAUUUUGGUAUGGGUGGCUAUCCCUAUGGGAAUGGAUACCCAAACCAAGGUGUCAUGACAAAUGUUCCUGAAAUGAUGUCAAGGCGGAUUCCCCCAAGCUAUGGAACAUAUCCUCAAAUGUAUCCAGGGUUCAACUUUGUAUACAGAGCUGGUUAUGGGGGUGCAGCUACUUCUUUUCAGAAUGGAAUUAAUGGUGGAAGUGAUAACAUAAAGGGUCAAACCACUGUAGAUAUCCAGGAAGUUGACAACACUGCUAGCAUUGCGACAAAGUUGGAACAUAUGAAGCUAGGUUCACAAUGACAUUCUGGACUAUUAAUUCUACAUUGAUGACACUGGAGUACAACAUUUGUUUGGGAACCCGCAACUGUGAAGACGAGCUGAGAUUCUUUGGUUGAGAAGUACAUCGUCGGAAUUCUUCAACUUACCCCGAUUCCUUUUGUCUCUACUGCCUGUAAACUGAAAACAUGCAAGAUUCCGGCUAUUGACCUCAUCUCUCCCCUCCCCCCCCCCCCCCCCUUGUACUAAUGUUUAAAUUUUUUCAUCGUUUUGUAUCAGAAUCAGACUAUUCAAUCCUUAUUGUUUGCGCAA